ACCGUACAUAGUUAUUUUUACUUGACAUUGGCAAAAUUAUUGAUUAUUUCGAUGGGGCCAUAACAUUUAAAAGAAGAAGAAUAACGUAAAAGUCUUUAAAAAAACAUUGUAAAUAUUCCACUAAGAUGAAAACAUGAAUAGCUUCGUAAUUACAAUUUCAAAUAACCGAUUGCCAUGAAUUUCGUAAAGUUGAAGUUUAUCAGGAGUAUUAUACUUGUUCCAUGAUUCCAGUAAGCGUAACUAAAAUCCACGUCAAAUCCAAAGGUUACGAUCAAAGAGAGUAUUAAAAUAAAUAAUUAGUCGCUAAUAAACUAAAAAGAUGUGGAAGAAAACAAGGAGGUACCUCAACGAUACCUAUAUACUAGCGUAGCUACCUUUAUAAUACUUAGGUACUAUUCCAUCACUACUCAUAUUGCCGCCUGCUGCAACUAAAGGAAUAUUAUGAUGGAUUCCAACUCAUCUAGCAAAACUGAGUAUACUUCUGAUGAAUCGAUAUAUGAGAGAGGGGUCAGUAUACCUAUGAAAAAACGGAAGCCAAAAAAUGUAUCCGAUGAAGAAAGAAAAAUGUUAAUAAGCCUUUAUGAACGUGUUAAAAAAACAUGGCCCGCAAAUAAACACCGUUCAACAACAGCUAUGUUGCAAAGAACGUCUGAAAUAUCGGGUAUUAGCGAGUACGUAUUAUACCCUAUAUUGAAAGAAAUUUUAGAACCAAAGACAGCGAAAAAAAGUACAUUAAAGAAGAACGAAGCUGAAGUAACUACGUUGAAUAGUUCCGAAAAGUCUGCUAUUACAAAGUUAGUUCAUGACUUUUAUCUCCAGGGUGAAUUGCCAACCAUUUACAAAGUAUACUAUGCGCUUAGAGAUGAUGCUAGUCUACCCAAUGUGAGUAUGAAGACACUUAAGGGCGUGUUACGCCGCCUUAGAUUCAAAUAUCUCAUAGAUAAUAACACAGUCUUAUUACAAUCCAACGGAUCGGCAUUGCGCCGAAUAAACUAUGUUCAGAACAUUUUAAAAUUGAGAAACGAAAAUAAAAAAUUUUAUUUCGUGGAUAACAUUUCUUUUAAGGCAGGUAAGGUCAGUGAUAACGAAAAUAAGUAUUUGAUUAUAGUUAUUGCGGGGAAUGAGGAAUGGUUUUUGGAGGGUACUGGGUGGGUGUUCGAGUCCAACGAAAACCAUUUAAGCCCAUUGCAAUUUGAAAUGUGGUUCAGUAAAGUCCUUGAUACAUUUGAAAAUGGUGUGGUUGUAAUGAAAAAGACUAAUUUCAAUACCAGACUAGCAGAAAGUAUUCCUACUAAAGUAUGGGCGAAAGAAGACAUUAAAAACUGGCUAUUAUCCAAAAAUGUUACUGUACCUUCAGAAUUAAAUAAUAAGGCAUGUUUUCUUUCAUUAGUGGAACAGGUUAAAAAUGAUCAUAAAAGUUAUGUUAUAGAACAAAUGGCAAAGAGCAAGGGUAUUACUGUGUUGAGAUCGCCCAAGUAUCACAAUGAGUUAAAUCCAUUUGAGCCUGCGUGGCCCAUAAUAAAAAAUCACGUUGUUAAACAUUUGACUUUACCUACUUCCUUAAAUUCUGCCAAAUUGAUUGUAAACAAUGCAUUAAUCGAAGUGUCUCCACAUAAAUGGAAGAAAUACAUCGACCAAGUGAAGAGUGCAGAGCUGGAGAUGCAUAAAUUGGACCAAAACAUUGAUGACACAACAGAUUCGUAUCUAAAAUUUCUACGUAAACCUCGCUUCCCUGGAGACGAAAUCUCAUCUGGAUCUAGUGAGAGUGAACCCGAUGUUGUAUUGUAA